GCUCGUCAGUAGUACCGUGCACGCAAUAUCUGGAAAACGAAGCAGUUGAGGAUGAAUCCGCAUUUAAUUAUCUUGCUGAGCCUGGCGGCGGUAAUAUCGGCAGCAAAUGAGCCGAUAGCCAUAGUCAAGCAGGAACAGGACAUCAGCCCGGAUGGUAGUUACUUUCUGAAAUGGGAGAGCGCCAAUGGUAUUACCUUUGAGGAGCAGGGCGUCCAGAAGAAUUCUGGCCAGAAAGACAAGGAGGCUGAGGAAGUACAUGGCAAAGCGUCGUGGACCGCGCCCGACGGGCAGAAAAUUAAUCUCGGCUGGCAGGCAGACGAGAAUGGUGCCGUUUUCCAAGGAGCACAUCUACCGACCCCGCCACCCCCGCCGGCAAUUCCGCCUGCCAUCCAGCGAGCUCUUGACUGGAUAGCCACUCACCCCUAUCAGGGCGAGAAAAACAAAGUGUAAUUGAUGCAGUUCUUGCUACAGAUAUGUUGAAGAUUCGUACUUCACUAUCAUAUGUUUAGCUUGACAUUGAAUGUAAAAAGACAAGUUUGUAUAAAAAUGUCAUAUGCUGAAGGAAAAUGUGAUUUAAUUUCCGAUUUCUCAUCAACCAUUCUUGUCGUAAUAAAAUUAUAUUGUUUUAA